AUGUCAUCCAUGAAAAGGAAGUUCUAUGAGAGGGUAUCUCAGGCCUGCGACAUGUGUCGCAGGAAGAAGAUGAAGUGCAAUCAAAAACUCCCAUGCCAAACGUGUAAAGAUCGUGGUUUCCACUGUGUAUAUUCAGAGAGGAAAUCCCGACGCACCAAUUCGUCUCGACUGCUUAAUGAUGGCUCUCGGAUGAACGAGCAGCGCCGGUCCGACAUCCGCUCCCAUGAUGGGCCCGACGGAGUGAGACGGAGUGAAACCGACCAUGAGGAAGCACAAACGAGCACAAUGAUACCACUUAGUGACCUACGGGAGGUUCACCAAGAGGUUGUGCAAGGGACGAAUGCGCACACAACGGGAACCGAGUUCUACGGCAAUAGCUCUAACUUUGCCUUGCUGAGCCAGCUUUUUUCAACAGCCAGGAAGCUCUCGGGAGAUCAUCCAGAUAUGCCGAUGGCUACGGUUCAAACCCCAUUAUCGAUUGUGGACAUGCUCUACGACGAUCAAUCCGCCAUCCCUGAUUCAGCUCCACCAGCUCCGGUCACGGCGGCGGGAAGGACGUCUCAACUUCCUAAAGCCUCCCAGGCUGUCUCCAUCGGAAAGGAAUUGCCGCCCACAACGCGACCAACAGGUACGGGUCGGGAUCACCUGGUGGGACAGGGACAACCAGGGGUUUGGGAUUGCUUCGUUGGUAGUCCGAUGAGGCUGGAGAUGGAGUACGUCAAUCUCUUCUUUGAGAACAUCCACAACUCACUUCCAUUUUUGGACAAGAAGCACUUCACAGGACGAUGUGAGCAGGAGAUCUGGGUCAAGAGCACAUUCAAAAAGCUGCGACGAGAUCAAAUGCAUUUCUUUGCUCUGUAUAAUGCAGUGCUAGCUGUAGUGGCUCUAACAGCAAGUGCGGAUGCAUUUCUGUCGUUACGUACUGAGCUUGAAAUUAGUUUGACAGAACACUCACCAUCUCGACCGCCCAGAAAUGCUCCUUCCUCUGUUUUUCUUUCCAAGAUUUACUUUCGCAGGGCGCGUCAGUUGCUGGGAGACCUCUUCGAGGUCUGCUCCAUGGAAAGUGCCCAAGCCCUUCUUUUAUUGUCCAUGUAUUGUCAAUAUGCGCUCAAGCCACAUGCGUGCUAUAUGUACAGCGGCAUGGCUGUGCGAACUGCACUUGCUAUCGGCAUUGCUAGCAAUGAUCGAUACCACUCCGAUCAACACAAUUUGAACAGGGCCCGGACAUGGUGGGCUAUUUACUACCAGGACAUCGAGGCAUCCUGCCUAUCUGGAAGAUCUAGUACAUUGGCAGAGCCAAGUGAAUACGGGCCAUCCUACAGCCACAUGUCAGGGGAGCCUGCUUCAUCCUCUCAGAACCACCUAGGCGUGCAGGGAGGUGAAAACGUCAUUGUGACUGUCUUAGCUGACCUCUCUGUGAUAUUACAACGCGCUUCGAAGCGUUUAUACCAUUCCUCGAACACGCUCUCACCGGAGAACAAGUCACAGCUAGCAACAACGUUAGACCAGGAAUUGCUUUGUUGGAAGCUCCAUUUGCCUAUGCAUCUUAACUUAGACCUUGACACCUUCACCGAGGCGGAAUGGGUGAGUAAACAGAAGUUGAUCUUGCAACUACGUUAUCAUCACGUCCGGAUGUUCAUUCACCGACCCCAUCUAUCCAUGGUAAGCAACGAUCUACAAGUCGAUCAUAUGCAGAUCUGUCUCGAGGCAGCUCAGAAGACAAUCACCCUGGCAUAUGAUGCGUAUCAGCAUCGCCAUUACUUCCGAACGUGGUGGUAUAAUACCUUCUACGUUCUCUAUGCCACUUUGAUUAUCCUCCAUACCAUUCUGCUCGGGUAUCCGCAACCCUCAGUAGACACACUUAUUCAAGAUGUUCAUAAGGCACUGAAAAUAUUGGACUCCAUGAAAACACUCAAGGUCGCCCAGCGAUGCGCCGAUGUGAUAACUGAAAUCCUUCAAGUCUGCAGAUUCUUUGUUGAGAGAAGACGGGGGGAGCAUCAGGCGCCGAAUAUCCCACUCAGUCGGGCCACAGAAACCCAUCAUCAACGUUCCCCACUGCACGAGGGCAACUUGCGACGCGAGGCCCAAUCCCAAAUACAGAAUCCUAACCACGAAGAAGUGGUACACCUCGACUCAUCACAUACUAAUCCUUUCUCAACGCACGAUGAUCUGCUCACAUUGCUGGGAGAUCCAGCACCAUUGGAAUGUUUCGCACUAGGCCUAGGUAGUUCAAGCCCUGUAGACUUUGACUAUUCAGCGUCUGUCGAGGACUAUCUGGGUAAUGCUUAUGGGUGA